GCGGGGUGCUUCCGACGGAACAUAACCUAAAACCACAGCCGUCAAAUGGAAGUCAUUAAGCAAGUGUCUAACUGACGCUGUUAAAACACCGGCUUUUUCUAGAAAUUUGCCCAACUUUCCACAUUUGUCAUUAUUGUGAGAGCAGUGAGAGUAACAAUGAGUGAACUCGUGUGGGGAAUUAAGAACGGCGACAUGGACCAGGUGAAGGAGAUUGUUGAGAAGAAGGAGAUUGAUGUGAACAAGGAUAUUGACGGCAGAGCUCCAAUUCAUUAUGCUGCUGAUUAUGGGCAAGAAGAUGUGAUAAGGUAUCUUGUUUCGAAGGGAGCUGAUGUUAACGCCAAAGAUAAACAUGGGAUUACUGUCUUGUUGGCUGCAGUCUGGGAGGGGCACACCAGUUGUGUCAAACUGCUGCUGGCAGAAGGAGCAUCUAAAGAAGGAACAACACCUGAUGGAACCCCAUACUAUAAUGCUGCAGAAAAGGAAGAGAUUAAACAACUCUUAAAAUGACAAGAAGGAGGGGACUAAAAUAUAAUCAUCUACUUUUCAAACAGGAAUGAAAAGAAAAAAAAAACAAUGGAGAAAAAAAAUCUAAUUUAUGAUGUAACCCUAGCUUUGUGUGUCUGAUAGUGUGCCAAGCCAGAAGCAUUGUGAUAUUCUUUCAAAACUUUAAAUGGAUCUUAACUUUGAGUAUCUUACUAAUGGUAUGGAUAUGUCAGCAGCUCUGCCGUAAUGCAGAAUUCAUGCAAAUUGUAUAACAUAAAAUAAAACACUUAGACCAUAGAUCUUACAGUUCGUACUUUAAAAUUAUAUUAUUUCAUAGUUUUGCCUGAUUCAUAAGUGAAAAUUUUUUUUGCUCGGUGCAAAUCUGCAAGUAUUUGAAAAGGCUUGUUUUGCACAUCUCUAAAAGGUUCUUUCCUUAAUUUUUUAAAUGUCAUUUUAAAACUGAUGUUUGACAGUUUUAUUACUGGUGGGAGUUGUGUAUGCCCAUGCCCAGUCUGGUUCUGGUUGGCGAUGAGUUUUUCUUGUGUUCAAGAGCAUUUAAAUUAUUAUGCUCGUCAGUCAUUUUACUUCCUUCAAUUUUUUGAUGAAAGCAUUUGGCUCAUCAUUUCUCUCCUUGGUCUAAAAAUAAAAAUAAAUGCUCAAAUUGUUAAAGUUUAAGCCAGGAACUUACACCAACUAUUUUCUGCUUCUUGAUUAGGCAUCUUAGUCAUUUCUGUAAUUGUCAGUUUUAUUUGUAAUGGCUUCUCCACUUUUUUUUCUUUUACUUACAUGUAGUUCAUGUAUUUAUUUUAAUUUUAUUAUUCUAGUAGUUAUGUUUCGUAGCAUGUGGCACGUUUUGAUAUUUAGACAUAAUCAUUAAAGUUACUAGUUGUUGGCACUCAAUUAUUAUCACUCAUUGGUGUCAUGAACUGCAGUUUUCUUUUAUUCACAUUUUCUACAGUAAACUCAGUAUCCUUAGGCUGGCACUAGUAGUGGUAAGGAGGACUGAUGUAUGAUUAUGCUUUGUUCUUUCUAUUUAUCCUAUGAACUAAUUUUGAAAUGGUAAAGGGUAGAUGUUUGUAAUGAAGAUUUACAGUAUUAAGUUCUUGUGCAGAUAGGAUCAAGAUCGGCAUGUGCAAAUUACCUAGGUAAGGUAGCUUUGCAAUUUGUGAGGUGAAGAGGGAGAAGAAGUAUUUUAAAGCACAUGAGAAUAGUUUGUGACACUAUUUUUUUACCCACUUAGUAAAAUUUGUAAUAGCAAUAUUGACUCAGUCUCAAACUUAUCAGUAACGUUUUAGCAAGACACAGUUGUUGCAUAAGAUUCAUAAAGCUCUUUGAUACUGACAUAAGUUUGUAUGUCGAGUGAGACGUGAUAAAAGUGAAUCACUGAGUAAUGUGUCUGAUCAUGCUUUAGGCCAAAGUUUAUAAUUUAAAAAAGUAACAAUAAAUGGUUCAUACUUUAAGCAAUAUAAAUUGUAGCAAUGGUAUAGAUGGAAUUCCAUUUACUGAAUUGCUAUUGCAACAGUUUGCACCAGCAAUAUCCUUCACUAGAUUUGCAAAUUAAGGUUUAAUUGUGAUAACAGUUUGACUAUUAUGUGAACUAAAAGAUGUAUUCCAUUAAAAAAAUGAAAUUGUC